UUGUGUUUCCUGAUAGACAGACAGUCAGCUGCUGCUGUUGCCUACAUACUUUGACACAGUUUGACGCUGAGGUUCUAACCGUCGUCGGAUGAGAACCUUUGAGAACGUCGUCUUCUCUGUGCACCGUCACCGAACCUUCGCCCUCCUCACCCGGUGUAAUCUGAAUUGGAGCUGCAACUUUGUGGAGGAUUUUAAACAAACGAAGGCCAAAAAAAAGUGCAACGGAACAACUUUUACGGAAUGAGUUUGAACGAGCACUCGCUGCAGGCGCUGUCCUGGAGAAAGCUCUACCUGAGCCGAGCCAAGCUGAAAGCCACCAGCCGAACUUCUGCUCUGCUGUCCGGCUUCGCUAUGGUGGCCAUGGUGGAGGUGCAGCUGGAAGCGGACCAUGAGUACCCCCCAGGUCUCCUGAUAGCCUUCAGUGCCUGCACCACGGUCCUGGUUGCGGUGCACCUGUUUGCGCUCAUGAUCAGCACCUGCAUCCUGCCCAACCUGGAGGCCGUCAGCAAUGUCCACAACCUCAACUCCGUCCACGAGUCCCCGCACGAGCGCAUGCACCGCCACAUAGAGCUGGCAUGGGCCUUCUCCACUGUCAUCGGCACGCUCCUCUUCCUGACUGAGGUCAUGCUCCUGUGCUGGGUCAAGUUCUUGCCCCUGAAGAGCAAGUCGGAGGAAAACAACGGCAAAAUCAGUUCCGGCGAGGCGGCGGCCAUCGCCUCCACCUGCAUCAUGGUGCCAUUUGGGAUCGUUUUCAUCGUCUUCGCCAUCCACUUUUACCGCACCUUGGUCAGUCACAAGACGGACCGGCAGAUCCGUGAGCUGGAGCAGGUGAUCCGCCUCCAGAACCAGCUGGACCACAGGGCCGAGAACGAGGACCUGAAGGCGGCGGUCCACUUCGCCUGAUUGCGGUCGGACGUUUGGACUCAGUGAAGAUACUUGACUGUGGUAAAAAAAAAUUUCAGUAUUUAUUAUGAUUUUUAAACAUUUAAGAAAAAAUUUAAAAACUUCAAAUUUAUUAUAUACAUAAACAAAAUAGACAAAAAUAUGAGGAAAAAUAUCAGAACAGUGAUGUCCUUGAUUUUUAAGUGUACACCAGGGGGCCUCAAACUCUCAGUCCACGGGCCACUUCCGGCCUGCGAACCCUCAGUUGACAUCUGGCCCAUAAUCAGAUGUAAAAAAUAAAUAAAUGAAUGGUUAUUUUUAGUAACUAAAAUGUUAGUUAAAUAUUUUUACUAUGUCAGUGUUGAAAUAUAUAUAUUUUAUAUAUUUCAAACAAAAAUACUUAUUUCUCUAAAUGAUCUGCGUUUUUUUUCUUCAACAUCAAACACUGAAGUGACCCCCCCGACCUCCUGCCCCCCAGCUUUGAGACCCCUGGUGUACACUGACAGUUUGUUACAUACUGUAAGUCUUGUUGUCUACAUAUGUUAUACACGUUCCGGGGUACUCCGUUUUAAUACUUCAUAACAGAAAGAUUUCAACCAGGAAAUACUUUGGAAUACGUCCAUUCAAAAAAAAUUUUUUGCAAUAUUUGAACGGUGAAAGGGUUUUGACAGUCGUAGGACGGAGUCCGAUACCUGGUCAUGGUGAGACUAUUUACUGGUUAGUUACAUAGAGUUUGUUACGAAUCCGGUUUGUGCCUGUUUGUUUAGAUGACGUCAUUUGUUUACAGCAUGUUCAGACGUUGUGUAGUUUAUAAGUGUGAAGUGAACUCGCCAAAGAAAAGAAAAAAAUCCCACAAUAUGCGUCCAUAAUGUAUAUAUAUUGAUAUAGAUAUUGACUGAUGUAUUGAUUAGAUUUGUCACAUAUCUGUACACCAGGGUUUUUUCAUGUUUGUUUUUUUUAACCACGUGUUUAAUCCAAACACUGUAAAAACUCCGGGUCAUUUUUCGUUACAAAAAAAGUUGCCUGUUAGCAAAAAAAGUGCCAGUUAAUGAAAGUCAUAUCAUGAGUCCAUCCGGUGGUUUAUUUAUUGCACCCUCUGUGUCAGUGAAGGUAUGGAAUGAUGCUUUUUUAAUUAUUAUUAUUAUUGCAUGCCUUUAAAAAUGUUUUAUCAACAAACACUGUGUUAUUGUCUCAUUAAGUUUGAGCAGCCAAUGACACGACGGCAAUGAUGCUCCUCCACAGCUGGUGGAGGCAGUCUGAAUAAAACACAUUUGACUUUA